AUGCCUGUGCACGAGCGUCGACAAGACCGCACCGAAGCGAAAAUUGAGCUCGCCUUUCCGUUCGAUUCCAUCACCCAGCAACCUAAGCUCUCGAAACAAGGUCAGCAUAUCUUUGCAUUCUUGCCGUUACUUCGGCUAGCCCAGCUUCAGGUUCGUCAUCCAAAUAGUGCACAAGCUCCAGCUAAUGAUGAGACCUAG